AUGGCUUCCACAAGGCAAAGAAUAACCAAUGUCAGAAAUCCGACGUUGGUAGCUCCCCCAACACCUGAGCAAAGGUAUUGGAGAGGAUUUGGACAUACGCAACUAGUCAAAGAACACAGCUCAGUGACUAAUAUCUGCUUUAACCCAAUAAGCCCUCAUGAUUUUGCUGUAACAAGUUCCACACGAGUCCAACUUUUCAGUUCCAAGACAAGGCAAGUCGUGAAAACGUUUUCCAGGUUCAAAGACACCGUUUACAGCGGAGAAUUCAGACAUGACGGUAAACUUUUGGUGGCUGGUGAUGCUUCUGGAUUGGUCCAAAUAUUUCACGCAGAUAAUCCAAGAUCAUUACUUGUAAGUUUCAAACCUAGCAGUUACCCAACACAUGUCACAAAGUUUCAUCCGAACAACAACAGUAACCUAUUGACAGCAUCAGACGACAGAAUAGUGAGGCUCUAUGACAUUACAAAUACAGACAAGGCAUUAGUUCAGUUUUCAGGGCACGACGAUUAUGUUCGUAGUGCCAGUUUUAUUCCAGGAACCAACCUUAUCACCACUGGUAGUUACGAUGGAAUUGUAAGAAUAUGGGAUCCAAGAGAAGAUGGACACAAGCCUAUUACCUCAUUAGAUCAAAAUUUUGCUGUUGAGGACCUUAUGUCUCUCAGUUCUACCAAUCUGAUCUCUUGUGGGGGUCCGAGUGUGAAAGUGUGGGACCUAAGUAGCAACAAGCUUAUUCAGGAAAUGAACAACUUUACAAAGACUGUCACAUGUUUGUACAAUGCAGCUGAACGAGGAAUAUUGGCUGGAUCUAUCGAUGGUCAUGUCAAAGUAUUCGACACGAAUAACCAAGGAAACUACGAAGUCAAGUAUGGUUGGAAAUUCGGUAGCGGUGUCCUUAGUUGUGGUGUUUCUCCUAAUAAUAAACAUUUUGUUGCCGGGUUGAACUCUGGACUGCUGGCUAUCAGAACAAGGAAAACAGAGUCAAAGCCUAAAGCUAUUAAAGCACCAAAAAGUGGUAAUUUUGCGCAGGUAGUUAGAGGAAAUUAUCAUGGCGAGUCAGAGAAUCGUAUUAUUAAUGACAAGCCAAUGAAACAAGCCAAAAGACUGAAGAGUUUUGAAAGAGAUCUCAUUGCUUUCAAAUGGUCGGAUGCUUUGGAUAGUUGUCUAAGUGAGGAGCAAGGAAAAGAAAUGACGGUCUCCUGCUUGGAAGAGUUGAGAAAGAAGGGUAAGGUCAGAGUGGCUUUGACCAAUAGAUCAGAAGCUACUUUAGAACCCUUGCUGUCUUGGUGUUGUAAAUACGUGGAUGAUGUUAAGUUAGUCGGCUUAAUUGCCGACUAUCUGGCAAUUGUCUUGGAAAUGUACCCCCUAAUAUUCUAUGGAAGCCCCAUCCUUGAGGAAACCUUGAGAACUGUUCAAAGAAAAGUUGCUCAAGAAAUAGAGAAAGCCAAAGCAGCACAGGUAAUUGAGGGAAUGCUGAGUUUACUAUCUGUUAAAUAA